AUGGCAAAGCAAGCUCAAGUUAUAGCUGACGGCAUGUGUGAUGCCUGUGUUCUCGUCUUCUUCGAAAACCAACGAGAAUAUCCUUCGAAAGAAUGGACUGAUAGGCAAUUGCGCAAGGUGAGAGGAGGACUAAAGGCGCUCGAUGGACUGGUUGGCGAACGGCAAUUCAUUAUCGGAAACUCUUUGACGCUAGCAGACAUUGCGGCAGGAUGUGUUCUGGGAUACAUGACGGUCCGAUUCAAGAUCUUUGACUGGAGAGCUGAGUUUCCAAGGUUGGCAGCAUACACCGAUCGUCUGGAAGAGCGACCCAGUUUCAAGGAUAGCGCUCCCUACCCUCAAACCAUCAAAGAUAAGAUUGUGUGA